AAGCCUGAAACCCUGCCUUCCUUUAAAAUGGCAGCUAAGCCUGUUUUGUAUUCUUACUUCAGAAGCUCUUGUAGCUGGAGAGUCAGAAUCGCUCUGGCAUUGAAAGGAAUAGAUUAUGAAACCAAACCUGUACAUUUGCUGCAAGAUGGUGGAGAGCAGAACACUGAUAACUACCGUGAACUAAACCCUCAAUGUGAAGUACCCACACUUGAAAUUGACGGGCAGACAAUGACGCAAUCAAUGUCAAUAAUAGAGUAUUUGGAUGAAACACGAGGCCCACCAUUUCUUUUGCCGCAAGGCGAUCCUAUUAAAAAGCAAAAGGUGAGAGCUAUAUCCCAGGCCAUUGCUUGUGGCAUACAACCGAUUCAAAAUCUAAGAGUGUUGCAAUAUGUUGGUGGAGAGAAGAAAGCUGAAUGGGGUCACUAUUGGAUUGAGAGAGGAUUCAAAGGACUGGAGCAGCUACUGCAGGGAACUGCUGGAAGGUAUUGCAUUGGAGAUGAGAUAACAAUGGCAGAUGUGGUAUUAGUGCCUCAAGUUUACAAUGCUAAUAGAUUUAAAGUUGACAUGAGUGCCUUCCCUACUAUUAGUCGCAUUAAUGCAGCACUCCUCGAAGUUGAAGCUUUUAAAGUUGCUUCGCCAUCUGAGCAACCUGACUGCCCUCCUGAACUACGCUAGUUUUCAUAAAAUAAAAUUGAUUGCUUAAAAAUUAA